AUGCGUCUCGCCCGGGACCUGCUCCAUCUCGCAAUGGGACUCGCCCUUAGCAUCUUAACGGGGACCGUCUCCGGCCAAGAUGGAUGGCCGGCACCCGAAACCAUCAAAGGAACCAUUCCAAAUAACCCGAUAGCGCAGACCCUAGAUCCGGCCUUGAUCCGACGCGCAUCUGAUAAAAAGCUGUUCAUGUAUACCACAGCCAAGAACGGCAGCGUCUGGACGGCCGAUUCCCUAUACGGCCCUUGGAAACACGAAGGGACCGCAAAGCUUCGCGAAUACGGCGGCGCCCCUUCGAUACAUCAGGUCGGCGACACGUACUAUCUCUACAUCAAUAACCACGAAUUCGACUACUCGACCGUCGGAGUCACCGACCCCGCCAUCCACCAGUGGAACCAUAACUCCAGCAUCCUCGCGGCCUCCUCCAAGACGCUCGAGAUAGGGAGCUGGACGCAGCACGGCCGCCUCAACAUCGACUGGGCGAAGAAGUACAACAUUCUCGACGCCGCCCUUCUCACCAUAGACGACGGCGGGAAGCGCCAGAAUCUCCUCUCUUUCGGCUCGUACCAGCAGGGCAUAUUCCAGCUCCCACUCGCGGACCCGCCAACUAAGAUAGCCGACGGCGCGAACGGCGACAUCAAGCAGCUGGCCAACAACCAGACGAAGGCGUUCGGGACCGGUCCCACCGAAGCCAGCUACAUCUUUAAGUGGAAAGAGUGGUAUUACAUGUUCUUCUCGUCGGGCCGAUGCUGCAAGCAACCGGACGGCAGCUGGGUCGACAGGGGUGACGUGUACAAGGUGAUGGUAUGCCGUUCCAAGCAGCCUCGGAGCGGCUACGUCGACGAUAAAGGUGUCGACUGCGCGAAGAAAAGCGGCGGCAAGGAAAUCCUCGGCUCUCAUAACAAUAUCUGGGCUCCCGGUGGACAGGGAGUGCUCGUCGACGACGAAGCGGGGGGGCCAAUCAUCUACUACCAUUACGUGCCGUACGAUGUUAAAACGAAGACACCUGCUAACGAAUUCCGAUUCGGUUGGAAUAAGCUUGACUUUAGCUCUGGGUGGCCUAAAGUUGUUCGAUAA